AUGGCUACUGAAUAUCAACAAUACUCAAACUUUCCCGGAGAUUUCCAGAAUGACCUGGACGCCCUUUCUGCAUCGAUAUACGAUGAUGAUCUGAUACCAAUCCUUGACAGGGAGGAUAAUAGCGAUCUUUCCCACUAUGAAUCCAGUAGAUGCAGCUCUUUUUCGGGUCCAUCACCAGAAUGGAUAUGCCCCUUGAGAGAUAACGUCCCUUCAUGCAACCAGUUGUUUGGCAAUGUUGCCUACCAGAUUCCUCGCGCGCCCCCUCCAACACCUCUCGUGGCAUCACCUUCUGUCUUACCUAUGUUAUAUAACGAGGAAAAUGAGGAGAUCCCAGCAUUUGAACUCAGUACUAGCCUCAAAGAGCUUGGUGUAUGUGCUGCAAUGGGAAAUGCCCAAACAUGGUGGAGUAUGGCAAACGCGGAAGACACCAAGUUCUCCAAUCUGGAAGAUACGCCCAAGAGAAUUCCUGAGCCAUGGCCACCUGCAUGCUCAUUUUUCGAAGCACCUAGCUACCCACACCAAGCAUUCUAUAAUAACCAAGCACCAUGUUCCCCAAGAGAUAUGACAGUCGAAACACAGCUAUACCAGUUCCCCCCACUUAAUUCUUAUGGCCAUUCGCAUUGUUCCCCCCCAACACCACCUCCUUCGGCAUGCUCCAACAGGACCUCACUUGAUAACGAUCAAGAGGAGAUUGACCUAUAUUCCUUUUUACGACAGCCCUACUCGAUGGUCGAGAUAGAUUAUCAACUACAGUUAUUGUCUAUAAAACAGCAAGCCGAACAUAUCAAACAAGAACCAUCCGAUCUUAUCCCAAGUUCAGUAAAACGGGGGAGCCGAUUGAGAAAGGCAUCUCUUAGUUCCAUCGAGAAAGCUGGAACGCUAAAAAGAAAGAUAUCAGAUGUGUUCAAAAGGUCCACCAGUCGCUAA